CCCAUAAAGAAAACAGGCUGACACGCAAACGACACAGACACAGAUAAGCUGUCACCGUUCUAGAGAGAGAGAAAGUAAGAGAGAGAAAUCGAGAGAUGGACUUGUACGGAGCGAAGAGCACGAAGGACGAUUAUGCGGUUGACCUAGAGGCCGGAGAUUUGCUGUACCCUGGGAUCGGCUACGGCGAGAAUCAGCUCCGAUGGGGAUUCAUUCGCAAAGUCUACGGCAUCCUUGCCGCUCAGAUCGUCCUCACCACCCUCGUCUCUGCCUUAAUUGUGCUUUAUGAUCCCAUCAACCAACUUCUCCGCGGCAAUUCCAUCCUUUUGCUGUUCCUCUGCUUUCUCCCCUUCGUCCUUUUGUGGCCGUUGCACGUGUAUCAGCAAAAGCAUCCACUGAAUUUUGUUUUCCUUGGGCUUUUUACUGCUUCUCUAAGUCUGACAGUUGGAGUAAGCUGUGCUAAUACUGAUGGGAGAAUUGUGCUUGAAGCUCUGAUCUUGACAUCAGCCGUAGUUGUAGGCUUGACUGGAUACACUUUCUGGGCUGCCAAGAAGGGCAAAGAUUUUAGUUUCCUUGGACCAAUCUUGUUCACCAGCCUUGUAGUACUCCUACUGACUAGCUUUCUCCAGAUGUUCUUCCCACUGGGAUCAACUUCUACUGCUGUUUUCAGUGCAUUUGGUGCUAUAGUUUUCUCUGGAUACGUAGUUUAUGACACGGAGAACCUAAUCAAGCGUUUCACAUAUGAUGAGUAUAUCUGGGCAUCGGUCAACCUUUACCUGGACAUCCUCAACCUGUUCCUUACCAUCCUGCAAAUGCUCAGACAGGGUGACAACUAGGUGUACAGGUGUUAUGACCUUGAUCAUAUAAGUUUGCUUGGGGAUCAACCUAUAGUACCAUUUUAUUUCCUGUUUGUCCUCGUGGUUCUGACCUAAAAGUUUUAAGCAGUUCGUAAUUUUUGCUAAAUACUAAAUGCCCUUCUAAAAGAGUAAGACAUCUUUUUUUUUUCCUUGAAUCCUCGCAUUUGCAACUGUCAGGCUUAGGAUUCGAACCUUGAACUCUGAAACUCCCUUGUGCAAAGUUUUAUGUAUAAGGAUAAUAUUAUAUCAGCCGCUGCCUUAUUUUCUAAGGUUCCACGGA